AUGGACGCGUUCUUGAAGCGUCAGCUGUUCACGCAGGACGUGAUGGUUCUUCUAGGCCAGUCGAAGGCGCAAAUGAAUGAUGGGUUCACCCAUAAGGAAUUGCAGAUGUUAGUUACGGCACAUGGAGGUAUUGUAGUUGAUCAACAGAAUUGUGACGAGGCUCGAGUGAAUAUAGUACUGCUAAUAGGACACCAACCAGAUCACGACAUAAUGAUUAUGAAUCGUUUUGCUUCGGCCGCAAUUCUUCGUGCACAAUGGGUAAAGGACAGUAUUGAAAAGAAUCAACGACUGGAGAUGACGUCCUACCGUGUCCUGGGACUGCAAGACAGGCCAGCUAAAAAGAAGCAGAAGGUUGCAAUUGCAGGAUCCACGGCACUUUGUGGUGCUCAAAACGAGUUGCUGGGAGACUUGGAAGCGAAGCCACACUUUACGACGAUCUUAGGAUCGCUCUAUGUCUUGGAUGCUCGGGCUCGAAAGCAGGAUGGACAACAAGAGAGAGAUCAACGCUAUAAGAUUGCAGGUUUUGACCUGGAUGGGACGCUGAUUGUUACCAAGAGCGGAAAAAAGUUUGCAAAGGAUCAAAACGACUGGAAGUGGUUUCAUCCGACACUUGUUAAGGACAAACUGGAAGAAUUGGUUCGUGAUGGCUACACGCUGACCAUCUUCUCGAACCAGAACGGAGUUGCCAAAGGACACAUCACGACGGCGCAAGUGCAGAACAAGCUCGAGACUAUUGUAAAGCAGCUGAGCCUUCCUAUGCUGGUCUUUUUGGCUACAGAGAACGAUGUUAUGCGCAAACCUCGUCUCGGUGCUUGGAAGGAGCUGGCGAAUGUACUGAGUACAAAGGGUGAAGAAGCUAUUGAUAAGGAGGCCAGCUUCUAUUGUGGAGAUGCUGCAGGACGACCGAAAAUUGCAGGGCGCUCGAAAGAUUUUGCUGCGUCGGAUUACAAGUUUGCGCUCAAUGCAGGGAUCCGCUUUUUCACACCUGAAGCCUUAUUCUUGAACACGAAACAGCGAAUUCAUACGCGUCCUGACUCGUGGGAGCUUGGCUUUGACCCCAAGUCCAUCGCUCUUAAUGAGUCUGCUGAACCUUUGCUAAAGCCCGCGUCUGCACAAGUUGUGAAGGAAGAACAGGAAGUGAUUGUUCUCGUUGGUCCACCAGCUUCGGGCAAAUCGUUCUUUGCAAACACGUAUCUGAGCUCCUACGUCCUUGUGAGUCAAGAUGAGCUGCGAACAGCUGCUACUUGCAAGAAGAAGUUCUUAGAAGCGAUUGCGCAGAAGAAAAGUGUAGUUGUUGACAACACUAAUCGUGAUCCCCGCGCAAGAAAGGAGUGGGUUGCACUUGCAAAGGAAAAGAACCUACCGAUUCGUUGCUUUGAAAUGGACGUCGACAAACCGUUGUCGAUGCAUCUAAAUACGUUCAGGUCGCUGACCCAGCAGAAACGAAUCCCGGACGUUGCCAUUCACGGAUUUUACAAGAACUUUGUGCCACCAACGGUCAAAGAGGGGUUUACAGAGGUGGUGAAGGUCCCAUUUCAAGUCGACAAAAACGUUUCUGCAGUUGAUCAAGCAUUGUUGCGAUCGUAUAUAUGA